AUGCUCGAACUGGCCGAUGAACUCCCAGACUCGUCACCGCGGUUUAUUCUUCUAAGCUACCCAAUGACUCUAGCCUCGGGGCGCCACUCCGUGCCUUACGUCCUGCUGUACUACUUGCCCGUGAACUGCAACCCGAACAUGCGGAUGAGCUACGCCGGGGCCGUGGAGCUGAUGCGCUCCACCGCCGAAGUGAAUCGCGUGCUGGAGAUCGCCGACGCAGAGGACUUGCAGGAGAUCGAGGGGCGGUUGAAGGGCGAGGACUGA